CAAACCUAUCAAGAUAGAACUAUCUUUCUUUACCUCUUCAAAAUGCUCAGUGUUUAGACACCAAAAAUGUCACAUUUAUGAAUUUACAUUUCAGUCUAGACACGAGAAAGACCAAACCCUCAACCUAGAAUGAGAGCAGGCACAAAAACCAAAUCCUUCUCUUGUCAUAGAGACUUCAGGAUUAUGCCAGAUUUGGAUGAUAUAAUUGUGAACAAUCUUCCCAGUGAUCCUCUUCAGGAAUUAGGAUUAAACUGACAGAGAAAUGAGAAAGAAAGGAGCAGAAGAAAGGCAGAAACCAGAGAUUAAAAAAAAGAAGAGAUAUGAAAGUCUGAUAUGAGGGUCAUUCAUGAAAGUUUCAUGACAUGUAUGAUGGAGAAUGAAAAGAAAGCAGCAGUCAGUGCAUUUUAUAGUGCGCAUUUACUUUUUUUGAGUGUAUGUCUGUUUGACUCUGGGUGUGUUUGCUGUUUAGGAGGGAGUGCUGGAUUAAGGGAUUACGGUGAGUCUGAUCAUGUGAUUGUCAUGGUCUGUGGUGACCCUGCUUACUAACAGAUUACCCUGGUGAAGGUGAGGUAGCCUGCUUUUCUCUCUAUUUCCUCCUCCUGUCACUUCAUCCAUCCUUUUGUCAGGACAGCCUGUCUUCUCAUCCCUCAUGGUCAGGCUGAAGUUUCUCCCUUCUGUGGCUUCCUGUUCUGAGCCACCUGAACACUCAAACCUGCACAGAAACACUCAUUUCUUAUUAUUACCCAUCCAGGGGAGUCCUCUUCAUCUUGACCUUUGCUUCUGGAUUCUUUGACCUGGAGCUCCAGGCACACACAACUGAUCUAUCAAUGCAGAGAUAUCAUCCCUCUCCAAGGAAGCUUUUGUGUGAGUUUUUGGGUCAGGGACCCUGAAACUUCUUACUCAGCUCCAUGGCUGAAAGAAAACACACAUUCAACCUCCUCUCCCUUUCUCAUCUAUUCCUCCACCUCUGUCUCUUCACUCCUGCAUGUGUCUGUGGUCCUGCCCGGGCUCCUCUCCUCGCCGGCCAGCCUUUCCUUGUGCUGUGGGGGGUUCCAGAUAAAGACUGUUUGGGUCGGCCAGACCCAGCGGCAUUUGGGAUGGAGUGGGAAGGCCGUGUUGCGAUAUUUUAUGAGGACACACUAGGUCUUUACCCGUAUUUCACUACGCAGGAUUGUCCUGUCAACGGUGGCCUACCACAACACACCAGCCUUGACCUUCACCUCCAGAAGGUGGAGGGCGACCUGACAGCCUCAUUACCCCAGACAGGAGCACCUGGGUUGGGGGUGCUGCGCUGGCAGGAGUGGGCACCUCAGUGGAACAGGAACAAGGGAAAUAAAGCAAAGUAUCUUGUGGAGUCGAGGGCACUUCUCCGGGGUUUUUUUCCAGACUGGAGCACAGAGGAAGUGGAGAAAUGGUCUCAGGUGGACUUUGAAGCAGCAGCACAGUCUAUAAUGAUGGAAACCUUGCGGGAGGUGAAGAGACUCCGCCCACAAAGAUUAUGGGGCAUGGCCUCGUAUCCUAACUGUUACAACUUUGACUCCACCCAGAUAGCAUUAGCCAAUUAUACGGGACGGUGCCCUGCGGCAGAAAUGGCCCUUAAUGAUGAGUUGAUGUGGCUGUGGAAACGUAGCGGUGCCCUUUAUCCAGUCCUCUCUCUGGAGAAGCUGCCAGAGGGAACUAAAGGGGCGUGGCUUUACGCAACCAAUCAGAUCAGAGAGGCUUUACGAGUGGCAGCUCUUGCAGGGACUACCUUCGAUCUACCUGUGUUUCCGCUGAUCAAGAUUGUGUACAGAUCUUCUAACUCCUUUCUCUCAGAGACUGACCUGGUGAAUACAAUUGGAGAAAGUGCUGCUAUGGGAGCAUCUGGAGUCAUUAUAUGGGAAAAAUCCUUAGCAGUUAAAACACAGAAAUCCUGCUCCGAGUUUGGCUUGUACGUUCGUCAGGUUCUCGGCCCUUAUGCUGUCAAUGUGACCACCGCAGCGCGUCUGUGUGGAGUCUCACUGUGUCAGGGCCGUGGACGCUGUGUGCGUAAGAAACCUGAGGACCCCACAUACCUGCAUCUUCCCUCGGCCAACUUUAUGCUUCUCCCAAACGGGGCAGAAGGUGUCCGGGCCACGGGAGAGCUUCCCACUGCUUAUGUGGACCUCUGGAAGAAGAACUUCCGGUGCCAGAUGUUCGAAGCCUUGGAGGGUACGGCAGCCGAUCAAGAAUCAGGCGCGGUGAUGGAAAAUAGAAGAAAAAUAACAUCGCCAACAGUAAAGACAGUGAUUGGGAGCCAGAGUCAGAGUACAGUGCUUCCAGUGGUUCCAGUGACAGUAGUGCCUACCAAGCAGAUGGCGGACAGUGGAAGUUCUGCACUUAAAACUCCCGUAAUCCUUCUCUCUUUGCUGGUUCUCUUCAGCCUCAUUAUGUUUGACGUUGUGGGAGCUGGAGUGUGACGGGACUUUUUUGAACCCCAGUUCGCCUUGACUUUAAUUGCACAUUGCAAAAAAAAAAAAAAAAAAAAAAAAAAAAAAGAUGGGUUUAAAUCUGAAUAUGACUGAAUGAACAGAUCUGUUCUGAAUCACCACUUGAAAAUGAACAAUAACUAAGAUAGUUUUUUUUUUUUUUUUUUUUUUACAAAAUGACCCUGAAUGGUUUUUGAAUUAGCUACCUUCUAUAGAGUACUGUAACUAAUAGGCUCAGUCAAAACAGACUAGCUAAGUGCCGAAUAAAUUUUUAUACAGAUAAAAUAUGAAAUUAUUUUGUUUCUGCUUUUGAACCAAAAGAUUUGAGACCUUAUGCCUUCUUUAUACCUUCUGUUUCCAUCAUGAAUAGCAUUUACUUUAUAUAAUACACUACCAUUCAAAGGUUGGGGUAAUAUUUUUUUGAAAAAAAAAAAAAGAUACUUAUUUUCAGAAAAGAUGCAUUUAAUUGAUCGAAAAUGACAGUAAAGACUUGUACAUUGUUAAAAAUAUAUUUUCUAUUACAAAUAAAUUGUUCUUUUGAACUUUCUAUUAAUCAGAGAAUCCUAUAAAAAUGUAUGUUUCCACAAAAAUAUUAACUAUUUUCAACAUUGAUAGUAAUAAAAAAUAUUUCUUAAACUCUAAAUUAGCAUAUUAGAAUGAUUUUUAAAGGAUCAUGUGACAAUAAAGACUGGAGUAAUGAUGCUGAAAAUUCAGCUUUGCCAUCACAGGAAUAAAUGACAUUUUAAAUAUAUAUUAUAGAAAUCAGAUCAAUUGUAAUACCAUUUUACUGUAUUUUCUAUCAAAUAAAUGCACCCUUGGUGAGCAUAAAAGUCUUUCAAAAACAUAAAAAAAUCUUGCUGGCCGCAAAUUCUUGAAUGGUAAUGUAGUUAUUAAACACUUGUAGCACCACAAGCUCAGACGUGGGCAAAAAUGUGAAUUUAUUUGUUCAUCACAUGCUACAACGUCAAACCUGUGUAUCAGGACAGCGAUAUCACAAUCAUGAGAUGUCCGGAAUGUAGCCGGGUCAGGGUGUAACUAGCCUCUAUCUGCCUGAACUGAAAUCUAAUCAAAUGUUUAGUCUCCAUUUUGACAUUGUAAAAACAGAAACCAGUCAAGUUUACACUUAAUCUGAGCAGCCUGUACAAAACAACACUGUUCUCCAUCAUGAAAAUGUAAAGCCUUUUCAAACAUUUACUGACAGAUAUGAAUGACUACUAAGCAAAUCUGGUGGUUUAUUAAAUAAAAAAAUAUUAACUAGAGGAGGAUGAAAAGAAAAACUAUAAUGUCCAAUUCAAUAAUAAACAUGUGUAUAUCUAGGCGUUUACGUAUCUGUGCAUUCAUCUGUGAUUAUUAGGGUUUAUAAGGGAUUAUACGCAAAACCUUUUUAUCCACCAGUGUAAAAUAAUCCUGCUAAGGCCAUAUGAGGACACAAACAAUCUCUCUCCCUCUGUCUCACACACACACACACACACACACGCUGCGCACCAUCCCUGAUAAUUUAGCCCUGAGUCAUAGUGCAGAUCCGGAUCCAGCUGUAACUUGAACUCUGCAAAUAGGAGUAAACUCGUAUAAGAACAAAUGUAUGUCAAAAAGCAAACUAUUUCAACCCUAAAAAUGUAGAGAGAAGAGGCACAAAAAAAUUAAGUAGAUCAUUCUAGCAAAUUUAUUUUGGUUUAUAUAAUAAUUUAAAAUACACAUUAAUGACAGAUUGUUGGACAAAUCAGGGUUAUAGUUAGCAAGACACCAAUAAAAGAAAGAGAGAGAGACGGUUCAAACAGGGCCAGACAGAGAAAGGUCAUCAACUUUCAUCCAUCCUGUUGUUGUUUUUUUUUUGUUUUUUUCACACCCAC